AAAGCUAUCAUCUGAAUUUGUUAUGCUCACUACAUCUGAUGCAUAUAUUUUAGAAUGUUAAUUUAAUGCGACAAUACUGUCUGACUGUUACACCAAGUAGAAAUACUGAAAUAGUAUUUUCUCACUUGACUGUUUAGGCAUUCUAUAGCGGAAAAAUACUGAUGGCAAUCGAUUGAUGUACCGUAAUCUUUAACAUCAUUUACUUGACACUUGAAUGCUUGUGAAAUAAUUCACUUGCAAUAUGUUGGAUGGGAAGUAUAUGCAAUGUGCUAUUUUGAGUGUACUGUUAAUCAUAAGUUGCAAUUUAUUGAAAAAUUGUACCGCCGCUAUGCAAAAUCAUGGAUUAAAUUUUUCAUACUCACAUGAAAAAAAAGCUUUUUUAAAAGCGAAAAAAUCUCAUGGAUUUAUGGAAUAUUCUGUUGGUGAAAUCCAGACUGUACAAGAAGUUAACUUUGAUGAUCAUAAUGGUUUGAAUAAUAUGCCAUUGGAUAGAAGGAAAAUUGUGAAAAGUAUAUGUAACGUAGCGCAUGACAAUCAAUCCAAUAAUUUGACCUUAAAAGGCGGUUUCAAACAUGAAAACAAUGCAGAAUCACGCAAUAUACACAAACCUGUUUUUGACAAAUCCUUCACAAAUACAAAACCAUUUUAUACGUCACAAAUCAAAAAUGAAUACAUUCUGAUGUUUGAUGGAUAUUACACACCUGAAUACAGGAAGAAAAUCAUCAUCUCCGCUUUAAUGAAAGCUGAUAUUUCACAAUCAAAUUUUGGUAUUAUUGAGCGACACAAUCCAGCAGCAAAAUAUCCCAGCGAUUUUGAUGUAUUACAAAUCAAUCCAUUGUUAGCAAACAAAGCAAUUGAGAUUCUGAAGUUAGAAUCCAGAGUUGAACAUAUUACACCACAAAGAAUUGUUAUAAGAAGUUUGAAGUCAUUGCAAGCAGUUGAUGAAGAUUUGACAGAGCCUGUUAAAACAUUUCAUAAAAGAACAUUUGCCAGCAAAGAAGAUGAACAAAUUGACAAAUCACAUGCAGUACAUACUAGACAUCUACUUCGGGCAUUACCAAAGCAGAUCACCCAGGUUUUGCGAGCAGAUUGGCUGUGGAAUUCUGGAUUCGCUGGUCAAGGGAUCAAAGUUGCAAUAUUUGAUACUGGAUUACCAGAACACAAUAGUAAUUUUAAAUAUGUGAAAGAACGUACUAAUUGGACUAAUGAAAAAAUGUUGAAUGAUGGAUUGGGUCAUGGCACUUUUGUUGCAGGCGUAAUUGGCAGUACUUCAAAAGAAUGCCCAGGAUUAGCACCGAAUGCAGAACUUUAUAUUUUUCGUGUUUUCACAAAUAAUCAAGUUUCCUAUACCUCAUGGUUUCUUGAUGCUUUCAACUAUGCAAUAUUAAAAAAAGUUGAUAUUUUAAAUCUGAGUAUCGGUGGACCAGAUUUUAUGGAUUUACCUUUUGUUGAUAAAGUAUGGGAAUUAACAGCCAAUAAAAUAAUCAUGAUAUCAGCAAUUGGAAAUGAUGGUCCACUCUACGGAACACUGAACAAUCCUGCUGAUCAGAUGGAUGUCAUAGGAGUAGGAGGGAUAGAUUAUGAAGAUAACAUUGCAAGGUUUUCCUCCCGUGGUAUGACAACGUGGGAAUUACCUGCUGGUUAUGGUAGAAUUAAACCUGACGUUGUUACAUAUGGUUCGUCAGUUCGUGGUCUGAGUUUGAAUGGUGGCUGCAGAUCUUUAUCGGGAACAAGUGUGGCCUCACCUGUAGUAGCUGGUGCUGUUGCUCUGCUAUAUAGUUCGGUUCCCCCCGAAAAACGAGGAAUGGUUAAUCCUGCUUCUAUGAAACAGGCUCUGAUGGCAUCAGCAAAGAGGUUACCAGGUGUAAAUAUGUUUGAACAAGGUCAAGGAAAGCUGGAUCUUAUUAAAGCAUACAAGAUUCUCAACAGCUACACACCACAAGCCAGUCUUACACCAAGCUACAUAGAUUUCUCUGAAUGUCCUUACAUGUGGCCAUAUUGCACUCAGCCCAUGUAUUAUGGUGCAAUUCCUACCAUCGUAAACAUAACCAUUCUAAAUGGUAUGUCUGUAACUGGUUGGAUUAAGGACAAACCAAUAUGGAGACCAUACACAGACAAAUAUGGAGAAUAUCUUGAGGUUGGCUUUUCUCAUUCUGAAUCACUUUGGCCAUGGUCUGGAUAUCUUUCUCUCUCUCUUUCUGUAUCUGAGAAAGCUGCUCAAUGGGAGGGAGAGGCACAAGGACAUGUUGAAGUUACAAUUGCAUCACCUGCUACUGAAAAUGACGAUGGACCUCAGAGUGAAAUCACGAGUACUCUCAAAUUACCAAUUCGAGUGAAAAUUAUUCCAACUCCUCCAAGAGAGAAGAGAUUGUUGUGGGAUCAGUUUCAUAAUUUGAGAUAUCCGCCAGGUUACUUCCCGAGAGAUAACUUGAGAAUGAAGAAUGAUCCUCUGGAUUGGAAUGGUGAUCAUAUACACACAAAUUUUCGAGAUUUAUAUCAACAUUUAAGAGAUGGUGGAUAUUAUAUUGAGGUUUUAGGAGGAACAUACAAUUGUUUUGACGCUUCACAGUAUGGUGCUUUGCUUAUUAUUGAUCCUGAAGAAGAAUUCUUUCCAAGUGAAAUCCAGAAGUUGAAGAAAGAUGUGUUUGAUGAAGGAUUGAAUGUUAUAGUAUUCAGUGAUUGGUACAAUACAACUGUCAUGGAGAAAGUAAAUUUCUUCGAUGAAAACACAAGACGUUGGUGGAUUCCUGAGACUGGAGGAAGCAAUAUACCUUCUCUCAAUAGCCUGCUUGCACCAUAUGGGAUCGCAUUUUCUGAUCGUGUUUUCGAGGGCGAUUUCACUUUCGGAAAUCAUGAGAUGUACUAUGCAUCUGGUACGGCAUUGGCUAGGUUUCCUGUAGAUAAAGGUGGAUUGGUUGUCGGCAGAACUUUGCAUGAUCAAGCUGUGGAAAUUCUUCUUGGAAGAAAAGAUGAACCGGUCAAAGAAGUGCCGAUACUUGGUUUGCAUCAGGUGGAAAAUGGUGGAAGACUAGCAAUUUAUGGCGAUUCCAAUUGCUUGGAUACUGCCCAUAAAGUAAAAGAAUGUUUCUGGUUGUUGGAUGCAUUUCUUCAGUAUACUUCUCAUGGCAUUAUUUCACCAGCAUUUGGGUUGGGCAACAGUCAAGAUACAUCUGAAAGCAACAAGCAAGCAUCGAGACCUUUACCGCCUGUUGAAAAUGAUCAGUUACCCAGGAGAAUGGAUGGAAAUCAUUUAUUCAAGUAUUCAAAGGUCUUGGAUUAUCAAAUUGGACAACCACAAUACACUGAUAUGCCAUUCUGUCCACAAUUGAAGAUGACUUCUACUAAACCUCUCAACAAUUCUACAUCUCUUAAUGUGUGGAAACAUCCAAAUCUACUUUCUAUUGACGUCAGUCUAUCUUCCGAUGGAGAGUUUCUUCAACGUCAGCUCCAAGCCAACAAUGAAGCUCACGCUCAAGAUAACUUUCCUCACCAACAUGACCAUGAAAACAUAUUUCUCGCUUGGGAAAGGAGAGGGGUGAAAUGGGGAGAACAAGCGCUUCAUAAACAUCAAAUCCAAAAGGUUUUAAACUACGGAACAAGAACAUGGUCAUUUGUGCUUGUUGUAAUAAUCAUCAUUGUCUUGGUGUUGCAAUUCAGUGUCGGUGGUAGAAAAAGCAGAAAAUGGGCUACGCCUAGAAUAAUUGCUUGGUGGCUUUUGAUUGGAUGGUGGAAAGUGUUAUACAUGUACAUAAAGAAGUUACUCAGUUCUGCAAGGAAGCAGACAAGAAUUCACGUUCAUUCUGCGAUAGAUAAAGCAAAAGCCAGAAGGGCUGCAGUUUAUAAACCACUAGUUUCAAUGCAGCCGAGGAGAGACCAUUUGUCUGGCUCUGAUAUAAUUACGAUUCCGUCCAGCAGUGCAAGUUAACCAGUUUCAUUGAUUGACAAGCUUUUAUAUUAUUUUUCAAAUUUAAAUAAAAUUAACAACAAUCAAUCA